AUGUCCUAUUUGAAGCGUAACUGUACUCAUCUCGAAGGCCAAUACAUUUUUCCCGAAGAAUGGAAAAAAUACAGAGUUACGAAACCUCCUACUAGAUAUGUGGAGGACAAUGCAAACAGUUUGGAAUUAAAACCGUUGAUGGUGCCAUAUGGGAUACUGGAUGAAUUGUUCAAAUGGCAUGACAUGGUGAAUUCUGUUUACGACAAGUAUUGUGAACAAGAGAGAUCCGGCUGUGAAAUGACGGAAGUAGAAGCCACUGAAUCAGCAGACAGCAAACAACAUACGCAAUCUGCUGAUAGUGGUUCCGAGGUUAUAGCAACUCCUACACUGCCAAUGAUCACACGGCACAAUGUUCCAUAUCAGAAAUGGCCCAGCCACCUUCCUGAUCAGUUUCUACUUCUAAUCCGAUCGCUGCUUUAUCAAAGAUUCGACCGGUUGAAAAGAUGCCGACAAUCUGAUUUUUCAAAUGACACCCAUAAAUCUACAGAAUUAUCACCCGCGAAAAUAACUAAAGUCCAGCCUAUUGACCUUUCUGCUGAUAAAGUUCUCCAGAAAAAAUUUGUUUCUAACUUGCCGACUAAGACGUCAUCAGUUAAAAAAGAAACGGAACAACCGCAACCUGCUGAAAAUAAGUUUAAGACAACUAAUAUUACUACACCACCGCCAUCUGCUGAAGGAACAUCUACAAGCACCUUACGGCCCGUUAAUCAUUUGCCAUCUACUUCACAGUUAAAUCAACAAGGGACUAGUUAUCAGCAAACUAAUCAUAAUGCUAAGAAGUCAAUAACGUUGUAUAAUUUGUAUCGAAGUGAAUUUGAUGAAAUUGAUUCCAGUCUACAGGACAUUAUUAACAAAACCCAAGAAUGCAGAAGCAAGAUGGCAAAAUUGUUUUAG